GUUUCUAACACUGGUCCGCAGCAAUUGCAAAAAAUACAUCCCCGCUGUGGCAAUUUUUAAAUUUUUUGACCACAAUCCGAUGGUUUUUUAGUUUGUAUUUGUUGUAUUCCGAACAAAUAGACAUUAAACCCUAAACAUUAACUGACGUUUCUGGCGGACAACAACGACCGACAAUGCCAAGUGAAAUAAUUACCCUGCAGCUCGGGCAGUGCGGCAAUCAGAUUGGCUUUGAGUUCUGGAAGAGAUUGUGCCUGGAGCAUGGCAUCUCGCCCAGCGGCGUGCUGGAGGACUUCGCCAACGAUGGCAUGGACCGCAAGGAUGUGUUCUUCUACCAGGCGGACGACGACCAUUACAUACCGCGCGCAGUGCUCUUGGACCUGGAGCCAAGGGUGAUCAAUACCAUAAUGGGCUCUGCCUACUCCAAGCUCUAUAAUCCGGAGAAUGUCUACCUAUCCAAGCAUGGCGGCGGCGCUGGCAACAACUGGGCCUCCGGUUACAGCCAGGGCGACAAGCUGCAGGAGGAGGUAUUUGACAUCAUCGACCGCGAGGCCGAUGGCAGCGAUUCCCUGGAGGGUUUCAUACUCUGCCACUCGAUUGCCGGCGGCACGGGCUCGGGAAUGGGCUCCUUUAUCAUGGAGCGCCUGGCGGACCGCUAUCCCAAGAAGCUCAUCCAGACAUACAGUGUCUUCCCCAACCAGGACGAGAUCAGCGAUGUUGUGGUUCAGCCAUACAACUCCAUGCUAACGCUGAGGCGUCUGACCACCGCUGCAGACAGUGUGGUUGUCCUGGACAACACGGCCCUCAAUCGCAUAGCCUGCGAUCGCUUGCACAUCCAGAAUCCGAGCUUCUCGCAGAUCAACAACCUGGUCUCCACCAUAAUGAGCGUGAGCACCACCACGCUGAGAUAUCCCUCUUACAUGAACAACAAUCUCAUCGGGCUAAUGGCUCCAUUGAUUCCAACGCCCCAGCUGCACUUCCUUAUGACUGGCUACACGCCACUGACCAGCGAUUCGGAUGUCAAUAGCCAGCAAACGGUUAAUGUGCGCAAGACCACCGUGCUGGAUGUAAUGCGUCGCCUUUUGCAGCCCAAGAACAUGAUGGUAUCCACUGGGCCGGACAAAUCCAAUCACCACUGUUACAUAUCCAUACUGAACAUCAUCCAGGGCGAGGUGGAUCCCUCGCAGGUGCACAAGUCGUUGCAGCGCAUUCGCGACCGCAAGAUGGCUCAGUUCAUACCGUGGGGCCCCACCUCCAUCCAAGUAGCUCUCUCCCGCUCCUCGCCCUACGUGCAGAGUAACCAUCGCGUGUCCGGCCUGAUGCUGGCCAACCACACCAGCAUCUGCUCGCUGUUCGAGCGGACCCUCAACCAGUAUGACAAGCUGCGCAAGCGUGGCGCCUUCCUUGAUCAGUUCCGGCGCGAGGACAUCUUCAAGGACGACCUCUCGGAGCUGGACGAAUCGCGUGAAAUUGUUGACUGCCUAGUGCAAGAGUAUGCGGCAGCCACACGCGAGGAUUACAUGCAGUUUUCUGUAAAGCGGGGAGCUGCUGGGGACGCUAAGUCAGAGGACGGACGGUCUGUGACUAGCGGCGGUGUCUAGUUUGCUCGUGCCAUCAACAAUGCGUGCCAUGCAUUUCUCGAAUGUAUUUUACAAUUUCUGAAGACGUCGGGAUUGGAAAUCCCAAAGUAUUAAUAAGCACAUUGUUUAUAAGACUCGCAUGUAUGUUAAUGCUGUUGCGUAUUUAACGUAAAUAAACGUUUGUAUUUCGUUUGUUGCUAAUUAAAC